AUGCCACCUCAGGUAAACCACUUAAAAUCUUUAAAGAACAUUCUUCCAAAAAAGGGUGGCACCAACAUCCACACAGCUGGGAGAAAACCUGGCUGUGCUCCUUCACCCACAAGGUCCUCACGUGCUUCUUUCUCUUCGUUCCCUACAGAUGCCACCACCACGACCGCUGUUCCCAGCUUCACGGCAUCCAUUCCUCCAGGUGCCUCCCUGAGCCUGGUGAACGGCAGGAACCGGUGCGAGGGGCGCGUAGAGAUUUACCAGUACGGGCGCCGGGGCAGCGUCUGUGAUGACAACUGGGACCUGAACGAUGCCAUGGUCGUGUGCAGGCAGCUGGGAUGUGGCUUUGCUGUUUCUGCACCAUCAAAUGCCUACUUUGGACAAGGCACUGGCGAUAUCUACCUGGAUGAUGUGCACUGCACAGGGAAUGAGUCCUCCCUCUUCCAGUGCCGCCACAAUGGCUGGGGCGUCCACAACUGUGGCCACAAGGAGGAUGCCGGUGUUGUGUGCUCAGAGGGUGGCAGUGCCUCCCUGAGCCUGGUGAACGGCAGGAACCGGUGCGAGGGGCGCGUAGAGAUUUACCAGUACGGGCGCCGGGGCAGCGUCUGUGAUGACAACUGGGACCUGAACGAUGCCAAGGUCGUGUGCAGGCAGCUGGGAUGUGGCUUUGCUGUUUCUGCACCAUCAAAUGCCUACUUUGGACAAGGCACUGGCGAUAUCUACCUGGAUGAUGUGCACUGCACAGGGAGAGAGUCCUCCCUCUUCCAGUGCCGCCACAAUGGCUGGGGCGUCCACAACUGUGGCCACAGCGAAGAUGCCGGUGUUGUGUGCUCAGGUGCCUCCCUGAGCCUGGUGAACGGCAGGAACCGGUGCGAGGGGCGCGUAGAGAUUUACCAGUACGGGCGCCGGGGCAGCGUCUGUGAUGACAACUGGGACCUGAACGAUGCCAUGGUCGUGUGCAGGCAGCUGGGAUGUGGCUUUGCUGCUUCUGCACCAUCAAAUGCCUACUUUGGACAAGGCACUGGCGAUAUCUACCUGGAUGAUGUGCACUGCACAGGGAAUGAGUCCUCCCUCUUCCAGUGCCGCCACAAUGGCUGGGGCGUCCACAACUGUGGCCACAGUGAAGAUGCCGGUGUUGUGUGCUCAGGUACCUCCUGCUGGCCUGAAUCUCCUCGAGCAUUGCCAAUGCCCGAGGGUUUUCCCAUGUUUUCCCUGUCUCCUUCUUUCCAAGGUGCCUCCCUGAGCCUGGUGAACGGCAGGAACCGGUGCGAGGGGCGUGUAGAGAUUUACCAGUACGGGCGCCGGGGCAGCGUCUGUGAUGACAACUGGGACCUGAACGAUGCCAAGGUCGUGUGCAGGCAGCUGGGCUGUGGCUUUGCUGUUUCUGCACCAUCAAAUGCCUACUUUGGACAAGGCACUGGCGAUAUCUACCUGGAUGAUGUGCACUGCACAGGGAGAGAGUCCUCCCUCUUCCAGUGCCGCCACAAUGGCUGGGGCGUCCACAACUGUGGCCACAGCGAAGAUGCCGGUGUUGUGUGCUCAGGUACCGUUGCUUUUCAUGCCACCACCACGACCGCUGUUCCCAGCUUCACGGCAUCCAUUCCUCCAGGUGCCUCCCUGAGCCUGGUGAACGGCAGGAACCGGUGCGAGGGGCGCGUAGAGAUUUACCAGUACGGGCGCCGGGGCAGCGUCUGUGAUGACAACUGGGACCUGAACGAUGCCAUGGUCGUGUGCAGGCAGCUGGGAUGUGGCUUUGCUGUUUCUGCACCAUCAAAUGCCUACUUUGGACAAGGCACUGGCGAUAUCUACCUGGAUGAUGUGCACUGCACAGGGAAUGAGUCCUCCCUCUUCCAGUGCCGCCACAAUGGCUGGGGCGUCCACAACUGUGGCCACAGCGAAGAUGCCGGUGUUGUGUGCUCAGGUACCGUUGCUUUUCCUUCCUAAAUACCAGGAGGCUUUCAAAAGUGGCCCUUGUUGGCCGCAGUAAGCUAUGCGUUGGAGAUGUGUGCCUCCCUGAGCCUGGUGAACGGCAGGAACCGGUGCGAGGGGCGCGUAGAGAUUUACCAGUACGGGCGCCGGGGCAGCGUCUGUGAUGACAACUGGGACCUGAACGAUGCCAUGGUCGUGUGCAGGCAGCUGGGAUGUGGCUUUGCUGUUUCUGCACCAUCAAAUGCCUACUUUGGACAAGGCACUGGCGAUAUCUACCUGGAUGAUGUGCACUGCACAGGGAAUGAGUCCUCCCUCUUCCAGUGCCGCCACAAUGGCUGGGGCAUCCACAACUGUGGCCACAAGGAGGAUGCCGGUGUUGUGUGCUCAGGUACCGUUGCUUUUCCUUCCUAAAUACCAGGAGGCUUUCAAAAGUGGCCCUUGUUGGCCGCAGUAAGCUAUGCGUUGGAGAUGUGUGCCUCCCUGAGCCUGGUGAACGGCAGGAACCGGUGCGAGGGGCGCGUAGAGAUUUACCAGUACGGGCGCCGGGGCAGCGUCUGUGAUGACAACUGGGACCUGAACGAUGCCAUGGUCGUGUGCAGGCAGCUGGGAUGUGGCUUUGCUGUUUCUGCACCAUCAAAUGCCUACUUUGGACAAGGCACUGGCGAUAUCUACCUGGAUGAUGUGCACUGCACAGGGAAUGAGUCCUCCCUCUUCCAGUGCCGCCACAAUGGCUGGGGCGUCCACAACUGUGGCCACAGCGAAGAUGCCGGUGUUGUGUGCACUGGCCCAGUGUCCCGUCUCCAGCUGGUGAACGGAAGGCACAGAUGUGAAGGUCGCGUUGAGCUCUAUUACAAAGGACGGCUGGGGACAGUUUGUGAUGAUUUCUGGGACCUUUCCGAUGCCCGGGUUGUGUGCAGGCAGCUGGGAUGCGGCCAGGCCAUUGCAGCUCCAGGCAGCGCUUACUUUGGGCAAGGCUCAGGCGAGAUCCUGCUGGACAAUGUGAAGUGCAAUGGAAAUGAGGUCUCCUUGUCGCAUUGUAAUCACUCUGGAUGGAGGAGGCACAACUGUGACCACUAUGAAGAUGCUGGUGUUGUCUGUUCAGGUGCCCGCCUGCGGCUCUCCGGUGGGAGGAACGGCUGCGAGGGCCGCGUGGAGGUGUACCGCGGCAGCAGCUGGGGGACGGUGUGCGACGACCUGUGGGACCUGAGGGAUGCCCAGGUGGUGUGCCGGCAGCUGGGCUGCGGCCAGCCCACGGCCGCCCCGGGCAACGCGCGCUUCGGCCUCGGCUCCGGGAACAUCUUUCUGGACGACGUGCAGUGCCGCGGGGACGAGUCCUCCCUCCAGAUGUGCAGGCACAACGGCUGGGGCGUGCACAACUGCAGGCACGUGGAGGACGCCAGCGUCAUCUGCGCAGCUGCACAUACAACCCCUCCUGCUGAAUGGACGUACACUACAGGUAAUUCAUGCCCACCCACCUUAUUCCCAGCCUUGCAGCGAGCCCUAGCCCAGCACAAGAGGAGAAGAAGGGCUAUGCCUCCAAGCACUCCUGCUGAAUGGCUGUACACUACAGGUGCCCGCCUGCGGCUCUCCGGUGGGAGGAACGGCUGCGAGGGCCGCGUGGAGGUGUACCGCGGCAGCAGCUGGGGGACGGUGUGCGACGACCUGUGGGACCUGAGGGAUGCCCAGGUGGUGUGCCGGCAGCUGGGCUGCGGCCAGCCCACGGCCGCCCCGGGCAACGCGCGCUUCGGCCUCGGCUCCGGGAACAUCUUUCUGGACGACGUGCAGUGCCGCGGGGACGAGUCCUCCCUCCAGAUGUGCAGGCACAACGGCUGGGGCGUGCACAACUGCAGGCACGUGGAGGACGCCAGCGUCAUCUGCGCAGGCUCUUCUUCCUCCACACCCACAGCUCCUCCAGUCACGCCAACACCUCCAUCAGCACCUUAUUUUUGUGGUGGCUCAUUCUCAAAUUCCUCUGGGAUGCUGCAGAGUCCCUUCUACCCUGGAAGUUAUCCAAACAAUGCUGACUGCAUGUGGGAAAUACAAGUGGAGAACAAUUUCCGUGUUAUGCUCACAUUUAGAGAUAUUGCGAUGCAAAGCCACAGAUGCCGGUAUGACUAUGUUGAAGUCUACGACGGGCCUCCACACUCUUCCCCGCUUCUUGGGAGACUUUGUUCUGGCUCCUUUCCCACGUACAUAUCCUCUUCAAACAUGAUGACCGUUCGCUUUCACAGCGAUUCCAGAUACACCUUCAGAGGGUUUCAGGCUCACUACUCCUCCAUUCCAGCAGAUCACAACACUACCCUUCUGUGCUUGCCAGACUACAUGCAUGCGGUGGUGAGCAGAGACUAUCUCCAGUCUCAAGGCUACUCGGCGCAGAUGGUCACCCUGAACGACAGUCACUGUAAACCGAGAGUCACGUCACGCGAGGUUAUAUUCAACAUUCCCUACAACAGCUGUGGGACAAUACGAGAGGAGAACAAUGAUACAAUCAACUAUUCCAACAUGAUCAAAGUUACAUCUUCUGGGUACAUAAUCAAGAGGAAAAAGAAUAUUCACUUACAUAUCAGUUGCAAAAUGCUACAAAACACAUGGGUGCAAAUAAUGUAUGUUGCUGAGGAUACCAUAGAUGUGAAUGAAAUUCAGUUUGGAAGAUAUGACAUGAACAUCACUUUUUAUGAUUCCUCAUCAUUCUUGUGGCAAGUGCACGACUCUCCGUACUACAUUGACUUGAACCAAGAUUUGUACCUUCAAGCUUAUCUUCACAGCUCUGACCCAAAUCUGAUUGUGUUUGUGGACACAUGUGUGGCAUCACCUGAUCGUCAUGAUUUUAACACUCUGGCCUAUGAUAUAAUCAAGGAUGGAUGUGUUAGAGAUUCUUCCUACGCCACAUACUACUCCCCCUACAGCCACUUUGCUCGGUUCAAGUUUAAUGCCUUUGAGUUCAUUCACCGCCAUACGUUAGUCUACCUGCAGUGUGAGCUGGUGGUGUGCAGGCUCGGUGACUAUUCCUCCCGCUGCUACCGGGGCUGUAUUAACAGGUCCAAGAGAGAUACAAGUUCUGUCGAGGAAGAAGUGAAGGUGGUUGUCGGACCACUUCAGCUUCGAGAAGGGGAUGCUCAGAGUAGGAAUACUGGGCUGGACUCUUCCGAGCCUCGUCCCCAGGCGGUUCCCGCUGCUGCUGAUAAUCCCCUUGCGCCGGUCAUUGCUGUUGUCGCCGUCCUGGCAGUUGUCGUUUUUGUUCUUGCCGGUUUUCUUGCAAGAACUGCACUGAAGAAACCGCUUUCGCAUGGGGUGAUGUGAGAUCAAAAGUCAGCAUCAUCCACUAAAUGACUACAGGGGAACGUCACGUAUUAUGAGCCUACAAAAUGCUUCAUUGACGACAGCCACAUAUGUGGCAUUUGUAAGAAGCUGUGAUAUCUUUAUCUACAAUGAAUCCUAGCCUGUUACAAUGCUUUAGAAUAACUUCAUAAU